UUGUUUUCUUGACAGACGUGUAUGUUCGUAGUUUGCAUGGUGUGCUACGUUAAUUAUUUAAAAACUAAUACGAAUAUCAUAAUAUGAACUGGUUAAAAAUAUAUUCACAGUGAAACUUCCUGCUGGAAGAUCAAGCUAAUUCAAUGAUGACUCGUGAUAACAGGAAACGAGGGCGUAAUGCAGAAGAGGAAUUUAGUGAAUUUAUGCCAUUAAGCAAAAGAAUUAACAACCUGCACAUUAAUAACUUAUCGGGUAUGCAAGACAAUGUCAAUGAAACCAUGGACACAGAUUGGAGCAACAAAAACUUUUUACCAUCACCGAAUUAUUCGGACCUUUCACAAGGAUCACCUUUGUACGAAGGAUGUGGUUCUAGCCAAAGUAGCUAUACAACUGAAUAUAAACCAGAUAUGGAUGCUAAUGAAAAUCCAUUUUAUUAUGAAAGUAAUAAGUUAUUAUUCUCCUUAUACAUGGAACGUACACAAAGAACAUCUGAUACAUUUUGA